AUGAGACUAAAUACUAUUUUAUUUACGGCACCCUCAAACAAAAGUGCAAGAAGACCUCAAAGGGAACCAAUACCUUUUCAAAUGCUUCUUCCAUUACGGCUGAAGAAGACAGUAUCUGGUAAGGGGGAUAGAACACGGGAAGCUGCCUGUAUGCAAGAAAUGGCUGUAAUGUUUGCCUGCUUUAAGAAAGCAGAGUUUGAUCAGGAACAAUGCUUGAAAGAAAUAUCGGCUUUUCAAUCCUGUUACAAGAAUUAUAGUGAGCGUGCUGAAAUCCAGCGACAACAAGGCAGGAAGGGUAUAUUAGUUCCAGGCGAGAAAAAUCUUACACACAGACAAGUUAAUCAACUUUUAAAAUCUUUUCCACCUAAGAAG